AAAUGAAGAAGAAAUUAGUAUAAAAGGAAAGUAUAGCUGAACAGAAAUUAUCUUGUCUACGGACUCAGCAGCAGUACUACAAGGCUUUGGGUGACAAGACUCCACGAUGGAUGCAGCUGCAGCCAUAUCCACGAUCCAGUCGAUGCAGAUUGCUCUGCAACUGUUGCAGACUGUCCAACCCACCGCUUGGCAAUACCCACCACAGUGCUCCGUACAAGAUGGAGCCUCUUUUGACUUUAUCGUCGUGGGCGGUGGAUCAGCUGGAUCAGUAGUAGCCAGCAGACUGACAGAAAACGAAAAUGUAAAUGUACUGCUACUUGAAGCUGGGGGAUAUCCACCACUUGAGUCUGAGUAUCCCGCUUGGUUCACGUUACUUCCGCGGUCAGUAUACGACUACAACAUAACAUCAACUGAUGAUGGCAAGACAGCUCAAAAUCUUCAAGGAAAGGUCGUCACCAUGAACCAGGGUAAAGUACUAGGAGGCAGCAGCGCGGUCCAUCACAUGAUGCACACCAACGGCGACCCUGAAGACUACAACGGGUGGGCGAAGAUGCUUAAUGACAAAAAAUGGUCUUUCAAAUAUGCCCAAAAAUAUUUAAAGAAAAUGGAAACGCUUAUAGAUCAGGAUCUUCUUCAGCCAGAAGAUAUCGAAUUUCACGGCACUGAUGGUCCUCUACUAGUAGCUAAGGAUACACGCAAGUCCAAUGAAAAAUACUUAAAGGCAUUCGAAGAACUUGGUCACAAGAUUGUGUCUGACAUUAACGCAGCCGUCCCAGCUGUAGGGUACACUGAGAACUUAUUUGAAAUCGCUGACGGUAUCCGUCAAAGCAGUGCAUUAGGUUACUUAGGACGAGCUAAACACCGCCCUAAUCUGUGUCUAGCUAUAUCUUCUUUCGUCACAAAGAUUAUCAUUAAAAACCAAAAAGCUGUAGGAGUUGAAGUAACUACAGCCAGCGGCGAGACAUACAAAGUGUAUGCAGACAAAGAAGUCAUUGUAUCAGCUGGUGCACUCAACAGCCCUAAACUGCUCAUGUUAUCUGGAAUCGGACCACAGAAGCAUCUUGAAUCAUUUGGCAUCGAUGUUGUAGCUGAUCUGCCAGUUGGACAAAACUUGCAAGACCACGCCUGCGCUGCAAUUGUAGUUAAGACGGAUAAAUGUGAUGCUACCACGCCGGCUGCUAAUCCACACCAGUUCCCAACACCAUCAUUCAACGGCUACGUCUCACUGGAUAACUCAACAGCAACUGCUGAUUACGAUACAAUCAACUUAGACUUCCCAUGUAGUUCUAACGACGUUUUACAGUUGAGCGUCAACAUGUUCAGCUACUCGUACGACAUCUCUCAGAGAAUAUUUGAUGCUUCGAAAGAUAGAAAGGUGAUAUUCACUUUACUAGGUUUGGUGAUGCCGAAAUCUCGUGGUCAGGUACUCUUGGCGAGCACAGACCCUGCGGUGAACCCUCAAGUGUACACAGGCAUGUUUAGCAAUGAAGAUGACGUUGAUUUGAUCGCUAGAGCAUUCAUGGAUCAUGUGAGAAUACUAGACACAACAUACUUCAAGAGUAUCAAUGCCAGUUUGGUCGAUAUGGGAGUAUGCAAGGAUGCAAAAACUGAGUAUGAAUUCUGGAGGUGUUACGCUGUAUCUAUGUCUGCAACUAUGUGGCAUUACGCUGGUACUUGUGCGAUGGGGAUGGUACUGGAUAGUAACUUGAAUGUUUUAGGAGUAGAUUCGUUGCGUGUGGUGGACGCUUCUGCCAUGCCUACUCUGAUUCGAGGCAAGUUAUAUGCCGGAGUCAUGAUGUUAGCCGAGUAUGGAGCUGAUAUCAUUCGCAAGGAUUGGGGUAUUUAGAUUUUUUGUGAAAAAUAAUGAAGCCUGAAUGCCUUUGUAAGAUAUUUUUGUAAUCUAUUAGUAAAUAAAUUAAUAGUAGCUUUGUUGGUGAGAUUCUUAACUUUCACAGGAAUUAAAUGUUAUUUCUUUAAUAAAAAUAUUAUUUUAUUC